UUCCCUAGGUACCCCCUUAGGACUCAACUUUUACUACCAAAUAUAAUCCUUCAAAUACACAACUAUGGCACCCUGGCCUAGGUUACUUAUUCUCUUAACAUUUUUCUCUAACACUUUCUCUUACACAUUCACCAUAAUCAACAACUGCCCUCAUACUAUAUGGCCUGGUACACUUGCUGGUUCAGGGAGCCCUAAACUAUCAACGACUGGAUUCCAGUUGGACUCAGGCCAAAGUGUCAGACUAACCACGGUACCAGGAUGGUCGGGACGAAUAUGGGCAAGGACGGGUUGCAAAUUUGAUGUCACAGGAGCUGGCAAAUGCCUAACUGGUGACUGUGGGGGAAAACUGGAAUGUGAUGGAAAUGGUGCAACACCUCCUACCUCACUGUUUGAGAUAACACUCGACGGAGCCAAUGGACAAGAUUUUUACGAUGUCAGCAUGGUAGAUGGCUACAAUUUGCCGUUAGUGGCUCUACCACGAGGUGUAUCUGGUGAAGCCUGUAAUGCUACAGGAUGCGUGACUGAUAUCAACAGAGGUUGCCCUAGAGAACUUCAAGUGCUUGGUGAAGAAGGAAACCAGCGUGGUGUAGUAGGGUGCAGAAGUGCUUGUGAGGCAUUCAAGUCGGAUCGGUACUGCUGCGCUGGACAAUAUGCUAACCCAAAGAGUUGCCAGCCUACAUUUUAUUCAACUAUCUUCAAGAAGGCGUGUCCUAGAGCUUAUAGUUAUGCAUUUGAUGAUGGAACCAGCACUUUCACUUGCAAAGCUAGUGAAUAUGAGAUUGUUUUUUGUCCCUACAGGAUGAAAAACCAAAAUCAUACACCACCACCUAGAAAGCCCAAGCGUAAGCAAGUUACUUCCUCAUCAAAUACUCUCUUGCCCUUACCAGCGCCUAUCAUUCUCUUGAUUCUCGAUCUUCUUUCUCAGUGUUUCUAAGACACGAACAUUAUUGAUAUGGAAUGACGAGAAACUCCAGGAGUGCUUCUCAAAAGAGGGAGAAAAGAAUCCCUGCUCGUGAGAUUGAAAU